GCUAUUUUUUGAUAUUGCGAAAAAUCUAUGAAAACCUUCUUUUGGUUAUGGUCGUCCGCGUCUUCCUCCAAGUUUGCGAGACAACAGUCGUAAUAUUUUUUGGAUCUUUUGAUUCAUUUUUAAUGGCUGCCCCAUUGCGCGAUUGAAUGGUUGCUUUAAUUUAAACAUGAGUGAUUAUUCUUCUAUGGCUACGCUUCAAAAUAAUAGCCAACCGGCGGGAUUUGCGGCUGCUUUACAACGUGCUAGAUUGGUUGCCGCCAGGAUUGAAGGUGGCGGUAGUAAGAGACCAUUGGAAGAAGGACCUGAACCGAGUGCAAAAAAAUUAGCGCCAAUCGAGUCGUCGUAUCCUCCCCAACAACCACAACAACCGCCGCAACAACAACCACCAAUGAGUGCAACAUCAGCGGCAGCAGCGGCGCAGGCGGCAGCGGCUGCGGCUGCGGCGCGUAUCGCCAACUCGUCCUCAGCACCCACACCUCCUCUGGGCGGGUUAGGCGGGCCACCCAAUAUGAACAUGCCUGAUCAGUCCAUCAACGAGUAUAUCAGAGUUCCCGACAAGAUGGUUGGAUUGAUAAUCGGUCGCGGAGGCGAGCAGAUCACUCGCCUGCAAGCGGAGUCGGGGUGCAAGAUACAGAUGGCGCCGGACUCCGGCGGUCAGCCCGAUCGCCUGUGCACGCUCACCGGAUCACGGGAAGCCAUCACUAGGGCUAAGGACUUGGUAAAUCAGAUAGUCAACCACCGCGGGCGCGAGAACGCGCCGCAGCAUAUGGACAACCCCGCGGGCGGCGGCAACGGAGGCGGUGGUGGCGGUGGCAUGCCGCCCAUGAACAGAGGCGGCGGCGGCGGCGGUGGUGGUAAUAUGAUGGAAGAGAUAAUGUUACCGGGACCCAAAGUGGGUCUGAUCAUUGGCAAGAAUGGUAAAACCAUCAAACAACUGCAAGAGCAAUCUGGAGCUAAAAUGGUGGUGAUUCAAGACGGCCCCAACACUGAAUAUGAGAAGCCCCUACGUAUAUCGGGCGAGGCGUCCAAAGUGGAGCACGCAAAGCAGUUGGUGUAUGAACUGCUGGCCGACAAGGAGAUGCAGCAGGGGGGAGGAGGUGGCGGCCAGAGACAGUACGACGACGGCUACCAGCAGGACCAGGGCAACGGACUCGCCACUAAUUCUACUGAGGUACUAGUUCCAAAAGUAGCAGUGGGCAUAGUGAUUGGUAGAGGUGGUGACAUGAUCAAGAAGAUUCAGGCGGAGACGGGCUGCAGAGUGCAAUUCCACCAGGAGAGGGACGACGGACCUGGAGAUAAAAGGUGUUACCUACAAGGGAAGCCUCAUCAAGUUGAACAAGCUAGGCAGAUGAUCGAAGAUUUGAUCUCCAGCGUCAAUCUGGCGAUCCGAUCAGGACGAGGCCGCGGAUCGAACCAGCGGAACGGCUCGGGCGGCGGCGGAGACAGGGACUUCCAGCAGUGGCCUGAGCAAGGCCAGGAGGUGCGCGUCACCUUCACCGUCACCAAUGUCAAGUGUGGGCUCAUCAUUGGCCGAGGAGGCGAAGUGAUAAAGCAGAUAAACGCGCAGUCGGGCGCGCACUGCGAGCUGGACCGGCGCGCGCAGAACAACGACCGCAACAACCGCACCUUCUACAUCCGCGGACACCCGGACGCUGUGGAGCACUGCAAGCGGAUCAUCAUGGAGAAAGUCGGCAUGCCGGUGAACUUCGUCCCUGACAACGGUAACGGUAACGGUGGCAACGGCAACAACGGUGGUAACGGCGGCAGCGGCGACUACUACGGCGCCGCGCCCACGCCCGGUCCCCCCGCCUGGGGCUACAACCCGCAUUGGCACCAUCCACAACCACCCCAGCCUCAGCAACAAGUGCAGAUAAAUCCGGCGACGGGCCAGCCGGACUACUCGCAGCAGUGGAUCGACUACUACCGCUCGCUGGGGCUCAUGCGCGAGGCCGAGGCCGUGGAGCAGCAGACCAAGCAGCAGCUACAACAAGGUACACAAUCACCCGGUUUAACAGCGAUUGUCUCUGCAGGAGGAGGUGGUGGUGGCCCCAACAGCGGUGGCAACGGCGGCGCUCCCCCCGCGCCCGCGCAGUCCGCGUCCCCCGCGCCCGCCGCCGACUACAGCGCGCAGUGGGCCGAGUACUACCGCGGCAUGGGCAAGGUGAAGGAGGCCGAGGCGAUCGAGGCGCAGAUCAAGGUUAAGCAACAACAAUCGCAGCAGCCGACCAACGUGCCGCAGCAGCCGACGCCGCAAGCGACGCCGCCCAACCCCACGCCGCCGUCGUCCACCGCCAGCGGCGGGGUGGUGCCGCAGUACGGGCAGUACUACCCGCCGAUGUACCCCGGCUACCCCUACCCGUACCCCGGCGUGCCGCCCGCGCCCGAGCACGCGCCGCAUCAACAUCAAUAAACAGCCAGCCGGACCGCCCGAUACGGAACCGAGAAGAUACCUCUCCAUUGUAGAUUAUAAAUGCAACCCGGUGGAAUUAAUUGUGCUGUUGCAAACGAUGACGUCACUACCGAAGGGGGGGGGACGCGUGCAAGCAAUGACGUCACUAUAACUAUAUGUUACUCUAAAGCGAGAUAGCGGAAGCUGGAAGCGUGUAAGCGAUGACGUCACUAAAACUACGUUACUCUAAAGCGAAAUACCGAAGGGGAGGACGCGUGCAAGCAAUGACGUCACUAUUACUAUAUUUUACUCUAAAGCGAGAUAGCGGACGCGGGGAAGCGUGCAAGCGAUGACGUCACUAUAACGGCCACAGUUAAUUCCACUGAGUUCUAAUAUCGUAUAAGAAAACGGUUUCGGCGAACUAAACGCCCACAAUAAAUAAACGCAGCACUGUGAAAUAGAGUCCCGAACUAGUUUUUUUUUUAUGUUUUUUAUAAUACUUUUGCAGAUAUUUAACAUAUCAUAAUUUUAUUUGUUGUGGGUAAGUUACGAUGAUAUUGUCAAAGUUGUAGAGAUUAUUUUCGAUAUGUGUUACGCUUCCCAACGAUAUAUAUAUUUCACGGCCGUGUGGUAUAUUCUUGUUUAUUUUUUUUUUGUCGCACUUGUGUUAUUUCACGUGUCUCCAUCGUUUGUGCAUAUUGGAUUAUUGUAUAAUUCUGUGUCCCGAUAUUUACCAUUGACGUGCUAGUUUGUCCAGGUUUUAACUAUAGAAUGCCACACUGCCUAAAACGAUGUUAACAAAAGAGAUCCGACGGAGCUGUAGAGUGAGACAAAGCGAAACAAUGAAAGCAUAACGAAAGUGACAGAGAUACUUCGACCGCUGCCGAGGAUUCGAGGUAAAUCCACUGUAUCGAGUGACUUAGCUUAUUACACUAUGAGUGUACACAAUUGGGUACAGCUUGUAUAGUCUCAGCUAUCGAAUGUGGAGAACGUUUUUUGCAAUUCUAUACGCCUACGAUGCACGCAACGAAUUAUCUCGUGCAGAGAAAAAGACAGUCGACCAAUAGCGGCCUAACUGAAAAUAUCGUUCUAGCAAAUGCUAUUUCUCGAUUGGCUGCUAUUGGUCGACAAUAUAUGUCAUUUUGUCUUCACGAGAUAUUUUGUCGUGUAUCUUAGGCUGGCGUAAAACUAGUUAUCAUUCUGGCUCAUACAAAUUUAAUGUUACAAACGACAAUACAGCAAAAUGUCUGUUAGUCUUAAAACACAAAUCUUUUGGUCAAUUAGUAUUUUCACUCCGUCAAAAUUAAUAAUAAUAAUAAAAAUGUAAAAGGCAAUUUUGAAAAUUAAUCAUUAAUUAAUUCUUAUGAUAAAAAUAAAUAAAUCUUUGCCACGUUAAAUAUUUGCACGAAAUUGCAUUACUUAUUGCAAAUUUCACUUUUAGAUGUAAGAAAUAAAUGCAAAAUGUACUAAAAAUAUAAAAAUGUUUUGAGGGAAUAUGAAUAUUAGAUUUGUAUGGACUAUAGAGAUUUAUUAAUAAUACCUACUAAAACUGUUGCGACAGCGACAGUAAUUAUAUGCUUUGGUGGUAUACGUUUGGUCGUAAAAACAGUUAUGGUACCAAUUUUUACAAUAAUGACGAAUAUGGUAAUAUUACUCUGGAGAUCUGGGAUCUCCAAAGAAGGCAUUGAUGCCGUAAACUUGGACUAAGUAGUUUAAAUCCAUAAAAAAAUCUGAUUUGGAAUAAAAAAUGUGUUUGCUAUUGGUUAAAAAAGCACGUUCUUGUUAAGUUAUUAAAAUAGAAAAUAUUGUUUUGUAACAAAAAAUUGUAAAAUUUAUAAAAAUCAAAUCCAACCAUGCAGCAUUUUAGACUGCCCAAUCAACGGGUGGUUAGGGCACCGAAGUUAUAAUUGAUGCGUGUGAAGCAUCUAUAUAUAAUUUACAGUUCAACUUCAACUUUGCAUAUUCGCUCAGCGAAAAAUCUCUUAAAAUAAAGAAAAAAAAACACUUCAGGUUUACUACGACCAAACGUAUAUUUAUGUAUUCGGGUCCACUCCACGCGACUUCACGAGUGCAGAAUCAAUUUUUUUUUUUGUUUUAGAUAUUUUUAUUUCGUUGUCCCAAUGGUACGUUCCUAUUGGGACACCAAAAUACCAAGAUUACUUGUAAGCAUAAGCGAGCUCUCCGGUUUUUUGAAAUCUUGCUCCACGUUCGACUUUCAUUAAAUUGUAAAUUAUGUUUAGUUGUAAGUUAGGUGUCGUCGAUUAGGAGAUGUCGUCGCGGCCUCUCUUGACAGCUCAUUUAGUUACUAACAUUCGCCGAACGUACUUUAGCACCGUAACUUAGAAUUAUAUUAUAUAUACUUAUAUUAAAUAAUAACAAUCUUUUUUGGUAAAUAAUAUUAGACGUAAUUUCGAGUAUCGGACAAAGGCAAUGUGGAGAGUACAUUCCCUGAAAAUUGUUCUUACAGUAUAGGAGCGGAAACGACACCCGUCGUUCGGUAACGGGGACUCCCGACUAAUUGUAUUAUUAUUAAGAUAUAAAGUGUAUGUUGAUUGA